UCAAAGAAAGAAACAUGGCUGGACUGGUUGGGAAGUCUUUGCUUCGCUAUUCUCUUAGAUCUUGUAGUCUAAGAGUUGUAUCGCAGACAAGAUUCUAUUGUCAAGGGAAUAAACCGAUAAGUCGAUUCCCUGUUCCUGAAAUAUCGAGCUUAGCAAGCGACAUCAGGGAAAGAAUAGAUGAAGUUGAAGAAAAGUCUGGUUUUAUCCCAAACGUCUUCAAAACCCUGGCGCACCGUCCCGCYGAGUUUCGCGCAUUUUUUGAUUACUAUGAUGCUCUGAUGACCAAAGAGAACAACUUAACGAAGGCCGAGAAAGAGAUGAUUGUCGUGGCUACUAGUGCAGACAACAACUGCAUGUACUGUGUCGUGGCACAUGGAGCAUUGUUGCGCAUUUACUCGAAGAACCUGCUACUUGGUGAUCAAGUAGCAAUCAACUGGAAAUCUGCUGAUCUUACUGAUCGUGAGAAAGCGAUACUCGAGUUUGCUACAAAAGUAGGACGAAGCGAAUCAAUCGAAGAAGAAGACUUCAAAGCGUUGGAAAAACUCGGGUUGGGUAAAGAAGACGCAUGGGACAUUGGUGCUAUAGCUGCAUUCUUCGCCAUGUCUAAUAGAUUAGCACACAUUACUGACAUGAGACCUAACGAUGAAUUCUACCUUCUUGGCAGACUUCCCAAGAAUAAAAAAUAAAUGCGCAAUUUAGCCACCCGCUGCAACAUUCUUAUGAACAUUUAAAGUAUUUAGGCUUGGUUUCUUUUGGGUGUCAAUGGUUUUUGUUAAAGUCACGGCAGCAUCGGUUAAAAAUUCGUUCAAAAGCGGAGAUAAUAAGGAUGAAUAUUAACCUUUUUCGCACAGUAUCAUCAGAAUAAGAAAUUUAAAUUUAGGGACUAAACCAAAUAUUUUUCAAUAGAAUUAGCAACAGUGCUCGACUUAUUUUGGUCUUAAGUUUUCAUUAAUAAAUGUACGAGUGAAACUUGAA